AUGUUACAGAAAGGUGUUCUCCCCGUCUCACAAGUCCUGGUCUCAAAAUUGAAAAUUCUCCAGUUGUGCUGCCUCGGUUGCGGUGACGUGGUGGCAGUGUUACCCGGUGACAGCGGUGGCCUCAGCACCUUCAACCAGGAUUACAUCUUUGUCAUUCCUGUCGAGGUGGACUCCAGCGGAUCCUAUCUCUCGCAUGACAUUUGGCACAGCGCCAGGAGGAAGAGAUCCACCGUGAGCUCAAAAGCUUCCUUGCACUAUAGAUUUUCAGCCUUUGGAGAGGAACUGCAUCUCGAGCUGAAGCCCUCGGACUUUCUGAGCCAUAAUGUGACUGUCCAGGUGCUUGGGAAAGAUGGCAUUGAAGAUUCUCAGGUUCGUGACAUUGAGCAGUGUUUCUAUCAGGGAUUUAUAAGGAACUACAGUUCUUCUUCCGUUGCCAUAUCCACGUGCACAGAUAGUCCUAAGCCACCCACUGAAGAUACAUUCAUCUUAUCCGAUGAAUAUGGGAGCCAAGCGAGGUUGAAAAGAUCCCCCAUUAAAAAUCAGAAGGGUGGAAGUUUGAAUGUUGAAACGCUGGUGGUGGCAGAUAAGAAAAUGCUGGAGAAGCACAGCAAGGAGAACGUUACCACCUAUAUCUUAACGGUGAUGAACAUGGUCUCAAGUCUUUUCAAGGAUGGUACAAUUGGAAGUGAUAUCAAUAUCGUCGUUGUGAGCCUUCUUCUUUUGGAGCAAGAACCUGGGGGACUAGUGAUCAACCACCAUGCAGACCAGUCACUGAACAGCUUUUGCCAAUGGCAAUCAGCUCUGGUUGGGAAGAAUGGGAAAAGGCACGAUCAUGCUAUCUUGCUUACUGGAUUUGAUAUUUGCUCCUGGAAGAAUGAGCCUUGUGACACUUUAGGCUUUGCUCCAAUCAGUGGAAUGUGCAGCAAAUACCGUAGUUGCACCAUCAAUGAAGAUACCGGCCUUGGUUUGGCAUUUACUAUUGCCCAUGAAUCCGGACACAAUUUUGGCAUGAUUCACGACGGAGAAGGAAACCCUUGUCGAAAAGCUGAAGGUAACAUCAUGUCUCCCACUCUCAUAGGCAACAAUGGAGUGUUUUCAUGGUCGGUGUGUAGCCGGCAGUACCUUAACAAGUUUCUCAACACUGCUCAGGCAGCUUGUCUGAUUGAUGAGCCCAAACAAGCUGGACAAUACAAGUAUCCCGAUAAACUCCCAGGGCAGAUCUAUGAUGCUGAUACACAAUGCAAGUGGCAGUUUGGAGCAAAAGCAAAACUCUGCAACUUGAGUUUCGUGAAGCUACUGGCUCUUUCGGUUUGCUUAAGGUGUUUUUGA